ACGAGCUGGUUAAUAAAAGUGCUUUCCUUCUCGCCUUUCUCUCCUCAAAAAGAAAAAAAAAAAGAAAGAAAAUAAAUAGAAAAGGAAAGCUGAAGCUGUAAAGCGGACAAAUCGAAAAGAAAACAUCUGGGAAAAUGGAAAUGUGAGUCCCGGGCAGCUUACCUUCUGUGUGUCGUGUGUCCAGCAGUAUGCCCAAUAUCCUCUCCAGUUGCCGCAGCGCAAUCGAUAAGCAGUGAAGUUUAUAGCCUUCAUUAGCAAUCAGCCAUCAGCUAUCCCCCCAAAGUCCACAUCCGAUUCCGCUGGCCAUGCAGUGGGACGCUGCUGAUGCAGUUGGAUCGAUAUAGAACAGAUUACGGGUGCAUAUCCUGCCACCCAACAUCCCGGGAUACGCUCAUACUCCGUUGCAGUGAUGAGAUCGCGGCUGUUUUGGAUACUGGCAAUUAUAUACUCCUCGCUCCAUCACAUCGGAUCGGGCUCCACGUCGACCACAUUGAAAAGACCGCGAGCUGGCGACCCCUUCGACACGUUCCCCAAGAACUUCUGGCAGGAGUUCUCAUCGCCGUUCACCGACACGCCCGAGGAUGAGGAGCUGGAGGUCACCGAGACGACCACACACGAGCCGUUCCCCUUCUUUGCGGACCCAUACACCACGCUGAACAUCAGCACCCAGCUGUCAUCCAGCGUGUAUUUGCAUUGUCGAGUUAACGAUCUCCAAGGCAAGACGGUGUCGUGGAUGCGUCGACGCGGCGAGGAUCUAACACUGAUCACCUUUGGCCAGCACACUUACAGUGGGGAUUCACGCUACUCUCUGGAGUUCGAGGAGCCCAACGACUGGAAGCUGCUCAUUCAGUUUGCCAAUGAGCGCGAUGAGGGUCCCUACGAGUGUCAGGUGUCAUCGCAUCCGCCGCUCGUCCUGCUCGUCUACCUAACGAUAAUUGUUCCUCACGUGGAGAUCCUCGACGAGCGGGGCUCGGCCACGCCGGAGAAGUACUACAAGGCUGGCAGCACCAUUGAGCUGCAGUGCGUCAUUUCCAAGAUUCCGCAUCCCUCCUCCUACAUCACCUGGCGGCACGGGCUGCGUCUGCUUAACUACGAUACCAGCAGGGGUGGAAUCAGUGUCAAGACGGACAUGCUGCCAGGACGAGCGCUGAGUCGCUUGUAUAUCGCCAAUGCCAAUCGCCAGGACACCGGCAACUACACCUGCAUGCUGGGCAACGAGAUCACGGAGACGGUCGUGGUCCAUGUGCUAAACGGUGAGGAGCCCGCUGCCAUGCAGCAUGCCAAUGGUAGCCGCAACAAGGUUGGCGCCUCCUCCACCACAAUGGUUGUGUUAUUUCUAGUGUACGUGUGCUUGUCCGGAACAGGACUGGAAUUGGUAUUGGGAUUGGAAUCGCCUGGUGGUGGAUUGUGGCGAUGAUGACGGUGCGGCGGGAUCCGGGGAUCGUAGAUCCCAAGAUCGUUGCCGUGCAGAUAGAGAGAGAGAGGAAGAGGAAGAGGCGGGCGAUGGAAAUGCAUACACCAAAAAAAUCUUGUCCAGGAUUGCAUUUUCGACUUUUACUCUAAUCAUGGGUUGUUUAACAUACGAUACAUAGCAUAAACCGAAAAUACUAAGCAUAA